UUCAACCAGCUCUCCCGCUCCCUCACUCAGCGCACGCAACGCGACGCUGCGAUCACCGGCGGUGAUAUAGAAAAGGCCGGAGGAGAGCAAGCAACUCGCUUCGACCUCCGCGAGUAUCUCCAGUCCUCUAACGACGCAAACCAGGCCGCUGGCAUCAAGCACAAGCAUGUCGGCGUCACUUGGGAUGACCUCCAAGUAGAAAUAGUCGGUGGAGGGGACUACAAGAUUUUCAUUGGGACGUUUGGAAAGGCCAUCCUCGAUUUCCUGAUGCUUCCUGUCGUGUACAUAUGGGCAUGGUUUGCACGCUUCCUCCCAGAAUCAAUGAAGAGCGUGCAGCUCACCCCGAUUCUGCACAAACAAUCGGGGCUUGUAAAGCCCGGCGAAAUGGUCUUGGUUCUCGGCUGUCCCGGCGCUGGUUGCACGACCUUCUUAAAGUCGAUUGCCAACGAGAGAGGAGACUAUGCACGCGUGACAGGUGACGUUUGCUAUGCCGGCAUCGAUGCGCCUGAAAUGGCCAAAAUGUACAAGGGAGAAGUCGUCUACAACCAAGAAGACGAUAUUCACCUUGCUACUCUCACUGUCGGCCAGACUCUGGAAUUUGCCCUUUCCGUCAAAACCCCGAGCAAGGAUGGCCGUCUUCCUGGGCUAACGAAACACCAGUUCAACAAUGAGGUCAGGAGCAUGCUCCUAAAGAUGCUAAACAUUCCCCACACCGAAAAUACCUAUGUCGGUGACGAGUUCGUUCGAGGUGUUUCAGGCGGUGAAAGGAAGCGCGUCUCUAUCGCGGAGACGAUGGCUACGAGAGCCCGCGUCUUAUGCUUCGACAACUCUACCCGUGGCCUCGACGCUAGCACAGCCCUGGACUUCAUAAAGUCCAUGCGUGUCAUGACGGAUGUUCUGGGACAGACUACCUUUGCGACUCUGUAUCAAGCCGGUGAAGGUAUCUACGAGCUCUUCGAUAAGGUUAUCGUCCUCGACAAAGGCCGCCAGGUCUUCUUCGGUCCCCCCUCCGAGGCCCGCACCUACUUCGAGAAUCUCGGAUACAAACCCCUCCCCCGCCAGAGCACUGCAGACUACCUCACAGGCUGCACCGAUCCGAACGAACGGCAGUUCGCACCAGAUCGCUCCGCUGAUGACGUGCCCUGUUCGUCCGAGGAGCUCGAGCAGGCGUUCCUGGCUUCGUCCUACGCGGAGAAGAUGCGCGCCGAGCUCAAGGGCUAUAGGGAGAAGAUGGAGAACGAGAAGCAGGACCAGAUCGCCUUCCGCGAGGCCGUGCUUGCGGACAAGAAGCGCGGCGUCUCGAAGAAGAGUCCGUACACCGUCGGAUUCUUCGGUCAGGUGAAGGCUCUCACGAUCAGGCAGUUCCGCAUGAGGCUGCAAGACAAAUUCACCCUUGUGACAGGCUUCUCGCUCUCAUGGAUUCUGGCCAUCAUCAUCGGAUCAGCGUACUACAACCUGCCGCUCACAGCCGCUGGAGCGUUCACGAGAGGUUCCGUUCUCUUCGUGGCUCUGCUUACAUGCUGUCUGGACACGUUCGGAGAGCUCCCGGCCCAGAUGAUGGGUCGCCCGAUCUUGAAGAAACAGACGAGCUACUGCUUGUAUCGGCCCGCGGCAACCGUCCUCGCGAACACGCUGGCCGACAUGCCGUUCUCUUUCGUCCGCGUCACCAUCUACAAUAUUAUCAUCUAUUUCAUGACUGGGCUCGAUCGCUCCGCAGGAGCCUUCUUCACGUUUGAGCUCAUGGUUUACCUUGCCUACCUCACGAUGCAAGGCUUCUUCCGCACGAUGGGCAACCUGUUCUCGAGCUUCCACGCAGCCUUCAGGAUCUCCGCAUUCUUUGUGCCGAACAUGAUCCAGUACGUUGGAUACAUGAUCCCUGUUACGCAGAUGAAACGGUGGCUUUUCUGGAUUUACUACAUCAAUCCACUCACUUACGCCUUCUCUGGGAUCAUUGAGAACGAGUUCAUGCGGAUUAAUCUCGCUUGCGUUGGCGCCUACGUCGUGCCCCGCAACGGAGGCGACGCCGUGAAAUACCCCGACAUGCUUGGCCCAAAUCAAAUCUGCACACUGUUUGGAUCAACGUCCGGUCAGACGGAGGUGUCCGGACGGGCGUACCUGAGCGCAGGCUACGGCCUAGAUGUUUCAGACCUCUGGCGACGCAACUUCGUCGUCCUCGUCGGCUUCCUGAUCACGUUUCAGAUCACGCAGAUGCUUCUGAUCGAGUACUACCCUAAAUACACCGGCGGCGGCUCUGCGAUCGUCUAUGCGCGGCCGACGAAGAACUCGAAGAAGCUGAACGAGGCGCUCCAGCAGCGGAAGGCGCUGCGCCACAAAGCUGAGGACAGCAAGGGUGACAAGACGCCAGCCGAGCCUGAGCAAGGGUACAACAAGGAAGGGCUCGAAGUGCACCGCAGAACGUUCACCUGGGAGGCCAUCAACUACAACGUCCCGGUUGCCGGAGGUACCAGACGGCUGCUCCACGACGUCUAUGGUUAUGUCAAGCCUGGUACUUUGACCGCUCUUAUGGGUGCAUCGGGCGCCGGCAAGACGACGUGCCUCGACGUGCUUGCGCAGCGCAAGAACAUUGGCGUUAUUUCCGGUAACAUGCUCGUCGACGGCCGUCCCAUUGGCGCCGAUUUCGCCCGAGGCACUGCUUACGCCGAACAGAUGGACGUCCACGAAGGCACCGCGACCGUGCGCGAGGCGAUGCAGUUCUCUGCGCACCUCCGCCAGCCGGCGCACGUCCCGAAGGAAGAGAAGGACGCGUACGUCGAGGAGAUGAUCGAGCUGCUCGAGCUGCAAGACCUCGCGGACGCGCUCGUCUUCUCGCUCGGCGUCGAGGCGCGGAAGCGGCUCACGAUCGGCGUCGAGCUCGCGAGCAAACCGGAGCUGCUGCUGUUCCUGGACGAGCCGACGUCGGGGCUCGACGGCCAGAGUGCGUGGAACCUCGUGCGCUUCCUGAAGAAACUCGCGGCGUCGGGCCAGGCGAUCCUGUGCACGAUCCACCAGCCGUCGUCCCUCCUGUUCGAGAGCUUCGACCGGCUCCUCCUCCUCGAGAGCGGUGGUGAGACCGUCUACUUUGGCGACAUCGGGCCGGACGCGUGUGUCCUGCGCGAGUACUUUGCGCGUCAUGGUGCCGUUUGCCCGGCGAACGUCAACCCUGCCGAGUUCAUGCUCGAUGCUAUCGGUGCGGGCCUUGCUCCGCGCAUCGGUAACAAGGACUGGAAGGACGUCUGGCUGGACUCGCUCGAGUACGAGCAGACGCGCCAGGAGAUCGAACAGCUGAAGCGUGAGGGGCUGGCAUAUCCGGUCCCGGAGAAGGGAGAGGAGGCAACAUAUGCCACCUCUUUCUGGACCCAGCUGUACGAGGUCACGAUGCGGAACAACUGGGCCCUCUGGCGCUCGCCGGACUACGUCUUCAGCCGCCUCUUCGUCCAUGUCUUCAUCUCGCUCUUCAUCUCGCUGUCUUUCCUGCAGCUCGGGCACAGCUCGCGCGACCUCCAGUACCGUGUCUUCGGAAUCUUCUGGUUGUCUAUCCUGCCUAUGAUCGUCAUGGCUCAGAUUCAGCCCCUCUGGAUCUUCAACAGGCGUAUCUUCAUUCGCGAGUCGUCCAGCAGGAUCUAUUCUCCCUACGUCUUCGCUAUCGGCCAGCUGAUCGGAGAGAUUCCAUACUCCGUCCUCUGUGCUUUCGCCUAUUGGGUGCUCAUGGUCUGGCCCAUGGGCUUUGGACAGGGUGCGGCGGGCACAAACGGCAAUGGCAUCAUCUUCCUUGUCGUCCUCUUCAUGGAGUUCUUCGGUGUCGGCCUGGGCCAGUUCGUCGGUGCGAUUUCGCCCAACAUACAGACCGCGGCGCUGUUCAACCCCUUCCUCGGUUUGACGCUCUCGCAAUUCUGCGGCGUGACGAUCCCGUACCCGACCCUCGCCCGGUUCUGGCGCUCUUGGAUGUACCAGCUCGACCCGUACACACGCAUGCUCAGCGCGACGCUGGCUACCGAGUUGCAUGGUCUCAUCAUCCAGUGUCAGCCCGAUGAGUUCUCGAUCUUCAGUCCGCCCUCCGGCCAGACCUGCCAGCAGUGGGCGGGCGACUUUGUCAACGCGACUGGCGGCUACCUCGACAACCCCAACGACAGCGCGGCGUGCCGCUACUGUCAGUAUGCUGUCGGCGACCAGUACUUUGAGCCGUUGCACAUCCGCUACCAGGAUCGCUGGCGGGACAUCUGGAUAUUGUUCUGUUAUUUCGUGUUUAAUAUCUUUGCCACGAUCGUCGCGUCCCGCCUGCUGCGUUACGCGAGACGAUGAGCCUCAUGUUCCACUAUUCUACAUAGAUCUGCUAGUAUCACUGCAUUGACGCUAGAUGCUCCUGCACGCCAUUCAUGGAUUAAUUAGACACCGAGUAUCACGAACUGGUGUUAUUACGAGAGUUUGAACAGACCUUCACGAGCUUCCCUUUCAUGCUGGUUGGGUCUGUAGAGGCCCGAAGAGUCCAUCGCUUUUGCCAUGCACGCACCACAUACCACAAUUACAUUGUAGCGAG